UCCUCCUCCUCCCUCCGCUGCCUCCGGUAGCGCCGCCGCCGCCAUGGAGGGGGGGGUGCAGCUGCGCGCGGGUGCCUCCAAAGGCGACAUCCGGCAGAAGGUGUGGGACUACCUGGAGGCCAGCGGCCUGGCCGAUUUCCCGCGGCCGGUGCACCGCCGCAUCCCUAACUUCAAGGGGUCUCACCAGGCUUGCUGCUCUAUUAGAGAGCUGGAUAUAUUCAUCAGAGCACGUGAGAUUAAAGUAGAUCCUGACAAACCUCUCGAAGGUGUUCGGCUAGCUGCACUGCAGGCAAGGAAGACUUUGUUGGUUCCCAUGCCACGUCUGAGAAGUGGACUGUUCAAUAAGAUUGUUCCACCUCUAGGUGCAACUAAGGAGAUCCUGCGAAUAUGUGCUACAUCUCAAGGUGUAAAAGAAUACAGUGUGCCUGUAGGUCUUGAGGGGAAAGCACAAGUGGACUUGGUUGUUGUAGGAUCAGUGGCUGUCUCUGAAAAAGGCUGGAGAAUUGGAAAAGGGGAAGGUUAUGCAGACAUGGAGUAUGCGAUGAUGGUGUCAAUGGGUGCGGUGCAGGAGGAUACACCUGUAGUUACUAUUGUGCAUGACUGUCAGGUGGUCGACAUAGCAGAAGAACUUCUUGGUGAUCAUGAUUUAACUGUGGAUUAUAUACUCACUCCAACAAGAACUAUCAAAACCAAUUGCAAACGACCAAAGCCUCAGGGAAUAAUAUGGCAUAAGGUCACCUCUGAGAUGCUGGGAAAAAUCCCCAUCCUGAGGAGUCUUCACUACAAGGAGAAGCUGGCUGGCAAGGAUGUGACCCUCCAAGAUGCACAUUCAGACUUUGCAAAUACCAAAAAAACAGCAGCAUUAAAUCAGAGGGCAACGGCUGAAAAUAUAAGACCGCAGGCUGCUAUGGGCUCAGCUGAAAUAGGAAAACACUGUGUUGAAGGUGAUUCUUUAAGUCCCAGAUUAGACGGAUCUGGCAGGAUUACUACCGUGUACCUGGGGAACAUACCUCCCAGUGUAAGAGUGAGCGAGCUGAAAUGUGCUUUGAGGGAAUUCCAUGUAACUCCUUUACGACUGAAUUGGCAAGGAGCACAGCACAGGGCUUUUCUCGAUUACAAGGAUAAACCAACCGCAGAGAGUGCUGUAUCCUCUUUGAAAGGCUUGAGCCUCGGGGGUUAUCCUUUGCGAGUUGAGCUGGCCAAAAAUCAGAGAAGCAAAGGGCAAGUAGAAAUCAAUAGUCAGAAAUGAAUAUGAAUAGAGGGGGAAAAAAAUAGGCGUUUUCAUUGUUUUGUGAGAAGCGAGUCUAAGUUUUCAAGAAUAUUAGUAUUUCCUCUGCUUUCUGCAGGCUAAACAACAAAGUGGAGACAGCUUUUCAAACAAAUGAGGCAUGCAUCUCACAGCUGCCUCAUUUCUGCAGUUGUAUAUGUAAAGUGUAUUUGUCAAGACAGAUGACAGAAGUGCCAUUUCUCUGAACAAUUAUCCACAAAGUACCUGCACUCUGUGAAUUUGUUUUUGGGUUUUUUUUGGGGGGUGUGGGAGUUGGUUUGCUGUUUGGUUAGUACGUUUUUGAGGCCUGGAUCAAAAAACUGCCCCUUGGUAGCUGUGUGCGGCCAUGUAUAGUGAGGUGGUUAUGUUCUGUCAGCUAAAGGUUGUACCUGCAAACGCGUACUUGUGAGCUUGAAAGCCAGCUGCAGAAAAUCUGUCAUAAGGCUUACAAUUCUUUUGCUUACAAAUAGCUUUUGUCUGUUGGAAGUUUUCAGUGUAUUUUUAAUAAAAAUGGCUGGGGGGAGAGAAUGCCCUUUUUCAUGCUCUUGAAGAAUGUCGUGGAAACACUGGCUCAGACACUGAGUUCCCACAAUAGCUGUUACCACCAGGUGGAAGAUUCUCAGCUUGCUUUGUUAAUUCAGCCCUUUGUAAAUCUUGUAUUUCGAUUUUCAGUCUGGCAGGGGAAAGCGAAGACCAGUUUUCUCC